UAAUUGUGAGGAAACGUGAAUAAAUCGAGUGUCUUCACUGACAAUGUGGGUCGUUUCGUCUGCUAGGAAAUCCCCUGCCUCUUUAUCAGCUGGUAGAGAUGACGUCAUUUGGGGAAAUACCAAGAUGGAACUUCCUGAAGAAAUUUGACAAAAUUCUGAUAAUUUUCACCAUUUUCCCAGCCCAGAUCUAAUAUAAGAAGUUGAUCACUCGUUCUGGCGAAUCAAUAACACAUGUAAAUUAUUACUAUCUGGGAAGAAUGCAGGUAGUUGUUCUCGAUGCAAGAUGGCAUCCAACAUACUCAACCGUAUUUCUUCCCCUUGCCGUCAGAAAUUUUCAACAAGAAUAUGGCAGGGACUCCGACAUGAUCAUAAAUCUGCUAGUAAAAGAACAUUUCAAUCUCGUGUGUCAAGUUACGAAAACAGGAAAACACUGUUGCCUCAGUCUCAGAUGCAGAUAAGGAACGGCGAUGACAAUUGCCUAUUGGGUCUUCAGCUUAGAAGUUUUUCUACAAUAAGUUGUUCAUUUAAAAUGAUUGUGCUGACUGAGUUCUCUAAGUCUGACUGCUGUAGGGAGCCCAGGCGUCAGUAUUCGAUAGAGUUAGAUUCUACAGAUGUGCGAGGACGUUCUUUAGACAAAAAAAUUUACUUCUUGAUUGAGAAGUGGUACUUGGAAGAAGCAGUCGACCUGGUGAAGCGCUCUGUGUUGUUGGGGGUCCUGCCCAGUGGUAACACCAUGGUCAGUCUUCUCAAACACUUGACUGACGUAGGUGAUGUAGAAAACUCAAUAGAACUUACGAACAUUCUUCUCGAGCAUCAUCUUGUUCUUAAAAAGAAUAUAUUCCCGCACCUUACUAAAGUGUUUUAUAACAGUGGUCUGAUUGAAGAAGGAAUCAAAUUCAUGGAGUUGAAUUACAAUGCAACGAAAAAAUUUCAGGACAUUGAAACUCUUUUUGCUUUGGUUGCUUCACUGACAUUCAGAGAGUUUGCGGAUAAAUCAUACAUGAUAGAGAAGUUUGUCGACGAGUGUGCGGAAGAGGACAAAUAUAGGGCUAUGGCACACCUAUGGAAGUGUUAUAUGCUAGCAGAGCAGUUUGAAAAAGCAGACAACAUUUUGGAGACAAACAAAGAGGAAUUGAAAUCCCUGUUGCCGAUGGUAAUCAAUGAGAUCUGCCAGAUGAAAGACCGAGUGGAGGUCGACAGAGAGGUGGUGAUGUCUCGGUUGUGCGACAUGGAAAACUUAAGCAAAAAGCAAAGGGCCUAUGCAUACGAGACACUGCUAAGUAUUUUAGACUCCAAGCAAAGUUGGAAGCAACUUCUAGACAUUCUGAUGAAAGCUCGUGGCCUGGCAUUACCCUUGCCAAGAAUUCAGGUGGAUCGCUACAUUAAAAACUUGGAAUAUGCAGAAGAAAGGGAGGUGGACAUUGAAGAAUUAAGAAAGUGGUCUCAGAUUUUGUGAUAGUGAUGAUGAUGUCUGCUAUGGUGUGCCAAUGCAAGAGUAAAUGCCAUGGGAUUUCGGAAAGACUUUAUUUUCAAAACCAAGUAUAAAUGAUAUAAAUUGACAUUAACCUGGCUGUGGUUGUGGCAGAAUUGAUUAGUGUUGAUUGCCAAUUACAAAUUUGCAAAUAAAUUGAGUCUUUGUCCUUUGUUGUGA